AUGAGAUUGAUGAAGGAAGCAACGUGCUGGAGCAUCAGGGACGGCAAAUCAACAAGCUUCUGGAAACAACCUUGGCUGGAAAAUGGUGUCCUCUUGGAGGAGUUCUGCCUUACUGAUCUUACAGAGGAAGAUAGAAACUCCACAGUGGCUGAAUGGACAACACAGGAAGGAAUGGAAGCUCCCAAACCUGAUCUUGGCGAGGAUAAAACUAUCUGGGGACUGGAAAAAGAUGGACGCUUCAGACUGAAGUCUGCCUACAGGCUUGCUGCUGAUGAGCUGAAGGCUGCUCCAAACGGCAAAUGGAAAAAACUCCGGCAAUGGAGGGGCCCAAAUCGGAUUAAGCACUUCCUCUGGCUAGUCCUUCACGAUCGAAUCUUCACCAACAAAGAAAGGGCCAGGAGGAAACUUACCCAGGACAGCUCAUGCCAGCAUUGCAAGGAGCAUGAGGAAACUGCUGAACAUAUUAUUCGCAGUUGCAAGAAAGCUAGGAGCAUUUGGGGAAAAAUGCAUAACAAAGUUGUUGAGAAGAAUUGCAGGUUACCCUUUCAUGAAUGGCUGCUUGUCAAUCUACAGCAGGAGGAAACAGGAGUGGAUUUUGGUAUUGUCUGCUGGCAUUUAUGGAAGCAAAGGAACGAAGAGACAAUUGAUGGGAAGAACUACUCUAAAGACGGCCUGGUGGUGAGAAUUCAAGCCUGGUUUAGAGUUGUCCAACAAGCAAAGGAGGACAUCAGAAAGACGUCUAGCUUCCAGAAUGUGUCUCCCACCACAUUGCACAUUGGUUGGGAGCCUCCAGAAAUAGGAGCAGUAGCUGCUGGAGGACUUCUCAGGGAUCACCUGGGACACUGUGUAGAAGCGUUCACCUGCAACCUUGGGAGAUGCUCCAUCACUGCAGCAGAGUUAAAAGGUGUUGUUGAGGGACUAAAGAUUGCUUGGAACAGGGGCUAUCGAAAGGUUCACCUCAAGAUGGACUCCACUACAGCAAUUGAGGUCAUAAGAAACAGAGAGAAUGAAGAUCACAGACAUGGCAGCAUUGCUCGCCAAUUCAGACAGCUCCUCAACCUUGAAUGGGAGGUUAAAAUUGAUCACGUGUACAGAGAGGCCAAUUUUGCAGCCGACUACUUGGCGAAUCUCGGCCAUGAUUUCCAUUUUGGUACACACAAUCUCAAUGUGCGAGAUUCUUGUUUAUUUCAAUGGCUUUGUCAUGAUGUAAUGGGAAUAUCCCAUGAACGUUUAGUUAAUAUGAUAUAG